AACCCUAUUAAAUUCAAUUUCUAAAUUAUAAAAUAACUCUCAGGGGCAAAUUUAGAAAAAUAUAUUAAACAUGUAAAUGAUUGUAAUAAGUUGUUAGCAUCCGAAAACCAUCAUUGAAUGUCACAGUGUGAAAAACUCUUAUUAAUUCCUACAUUGUAUCAGGGGAUGGAUAAUUGUUUCGAUCGUCAUAAUAUAUGAGAAGUCCGAAAGAUUGCGCAUUGUGAUUUUCAUAUCUGAGAGGGAAGAGUUAAGUUUGGAAUUCGGAGUGUCUAAUUUUUAAUGAUUUAUUAUUUAAAAAAUUACUCAUGCACGGUGUGAUCUGUAAAGCUUUAAAACGGUUUCACUCAAAGAAGCUGUUAAUGAAUAAUCAUACAGAUUUUAAGUCUUCUUAUAAAGCAUUAUUUGUCACAAAGAACAUCACUCAGAUUGCCAUAUUAGACGAGGAGAAAGUAUUUAAUAUUGAUAUGGUAAAGCCAGAAUUACAUACACUAUCAUGGCUGUACAAGGCUGCUCCUUGUUUUCCUGUAAAUGGAUCUAAGAUUAAGAUAAUUCAUGAACCAAGUAUAUUUUAUUCAACCCUUCUGGAAAAAUGUAAAAAUGCAAAGAAAAGAAUAACAUUUGCAUCAUUAUAUUUAGGUACAGGAAAGUUAGAAACAGAUUUAAUACAAGCUAUAGAUGAAGUUUUGACUUCAAGUAAUGGCAAUAUUGAAGUGAAAAUUUUAUUAGACUUCAUGAGGGGAUCUAGGGGUAAAUUAAAUUCACGUAAAAUGUUGAAACCAUUACUUAACAGUAAAUAUUGGCAUUGCUGUCAAAUAUUUUUAUACCAUACUCCAAAGUUACGAGGUAUCUUAAAGACGAUGAUGCCAGAUCGUGUGAAUGAAUUAGUCGGAUUACAACAUAUGAAAUUAUAUAUGAUAGAUAACGAUCUAAUAAUUAGUGGUGCUAAUCUUAGUAAUGAUUACUUCACGAACAGACAAGACCGUUAUUUUGUAAUUGAGGAUUGUAAAGAACUUUGUGACUUUUAUAAUGAGCUAAUUGAAAAAGUAGGGGAAUUCAGCUUUUUGCUUCAACCAGAUGAAAGUACAGUAUUAAGUCCCACUGCAAGUAGUCAUCCAUUUAAAGGUAAUCGAAUUAAAUUCAUUGAAGAAGCUGCAUAUAAUGUGAAGGAAUUUUUCCAAAGAGAAAUGGACAAAUAUUCCAAUACUGAAAAAAUCUUAGGCAAAGAUUCAAAUGUGGAUACAUGGGUCUUUCCUUUGAUUCAAAUGGGGCAAUUAAAUAUUUAUCAUGACAGUCAGAUAACAUUAAAACUGUUACAAACUGCACAGCCAGGUGCAACUCUUAGAUUAGCAACAGGCUAUUUUAAUUUAACUUCAGAAUACAGUGAUGCAUUACUUAAAAACUGCCAAGGAACGUGUCAUCUUUUAACAGCACACCCAACUGCUAAUGGUUUUUUCUCUGCAAAAGGAAUUUCUGGAAGUAUUCCAGCAGCCUAUACAAAAAUUGAGGAAUCGUUCAUUAAACGUUGCAAUAAGAUGGGACAAGAAAAACGGAUCACAUUAUGGGAAUUUAUGAAACCAGGAUGGACAUAUCAUGCAAAAGGAUUAUGGUAUUCCUUACCAAACCAAGAAAAACCAAGUCUUACGCUUAUUGGAUCGCCAAAUUUUGGUUACAGAUCAGUAAGCAAAGAUUUAGAAACUCAAAUUGCUGUAAUAACAAAGAAUCCGAAAUUACAAAACGAAUUGCAGAAAGAAUACGAACGAUUAUUUGCAUGCGCAAAGCCAGUAACGACAAGAACAUUUCACGAACAAAAUAGAAUUGCACCGGCUUGGGUAUACAUGAUGGUGGUUCUGUUUCGAUAUUAUUUUUAGAAAGUAUGUCAUACUCCCUGAAUGUCUUCUGUAUGUAAUUUAAGCCGUAUUUAAUUAAUACAAAUGAAGUUAAUUUAUUUGAAUUCGUCUCAGUAGAUAAUGAAAUGUGUUUAUUGUAUAAAAUAAACAUGUAAAUA